AUGAGGCCAAACCAAGCCGGAUUUCGUGGUGGACGUGGAUGCGCAGAUCAGAUAUUCACAUUGAGGCGCAUUCUCGAAUUUCGCCAUAGCUACCAACAACCGACGGCCGUUUGCUUCGUUGAUUUUGCCGCCGCGUUCGAUUCGGUUCAGCGUGAGUCUCUGUGGCGGAUAAUGGCGCUAGAUGGUGUACCGGCAAAAAUCAUCGCCAUGAUCAAGGCCUACUAUCGCUCCACUACUGCGAGAGUCCUGGUCCGUAACAAUCUUUCCCAAACGUUCGCUAUUCGGUCUGGCGUCCGACAGGGUUGUAUCCUGUCAUCCAUACUGUUCAACUACGCUAUUGACUGGAUCCUCGGGAGGGCCCUACGCGACAGUGACGGCGUUGAAUUUGCACCCGGACAUCGACUGAAUGAUCUCGACUAUGCCGAUGAUAUCGUCAUACUUGCUUCAAGUUUUGGUGAUCUGCAGUCGAUGGUGUCACGGGUGAACGAGAACGCUAAAUCAGUCGGUUUGUCCAUAAACGCUGGGAAGACCAAAGUAUUCUCAAGCUGCAUCCCUGACCAGGAGAAGGCACCCCUGGGGAUUGAUGGCUGUCAACUUGAAGAAGUGGACAGUUUUAAAUACCUCGGGGCGAGGCUGCUGCCUAAUCGACAGAGCAAGGACGACAUUGUCUCCCGAAUCGACGCUGCCCGCUGGGUUUUUUCAAGCCAUCGGAAAUGCCUGUGGAACCGACGUGACCUCUCCAUCACCACUAAGAUUCGCGUGUACCGUGCAUCUGUCCGGUCUGUCCUUCUCUACGGUUGUGAAUGCUGGACUUUGCGCGUGGAGGAUGAGCGAAAACUGGAGGUAUUUGACCACCACUGCUUGAGGACCAUCCUUCGAGUGAAGUUUACCGACUUCGCCUCAAAUGAGACAGUCCGCGCUCGCUGCGACAACAUCGCAAGGAUAACUCAGGCCAUCCAAGAAAGACGACUGAGGUUUUUCGGGCAUGUUCUUCGUCUUCCACCUCAGGAGCUCAGUGUUACUGCCCUCGAUCCGGCACCGUUGCCCCAUUGGAGGCGUCGAAUAGGGGGUCAGUUCAAAACCUGGCUCGACACUGUCCGUCAAGACAUGGAGGUGGUUCUUGGACCUUCGGUAUUCGGUCUCCGUCGUUGGCGAAGGGAAUGGGUUGAGCUGUCCAGAUCUGCUGCCGCGGAUCGUCACGCGUGGAGAGGUAUAGUUCGGGACAUCAUCGAGGCCGGCUAG